CAUUCUUCCUUCUUCUCUCCUCCUCCGUCUCCCGAGCUUCUUAAUUCUCCAAAUACUUCAUCAUCUUCUUCUUCUUCCUCUUCCCACCAAUGGCCAAAGCUGGCAAACUCACCAAGCUCAAGUCAGUCCUAAAGAAAAUGCAGUCUUUCAAACUUGGGAGGGCCAAUGGCAGCCCCAUUGCCGCCGCCAACAGUUGCUCCGACGAUGAAAACGCUGUAUCCAACCAAGAACGCUACGUAGGCAAGGCGCCGAUAAGCUCCGACGUCAUCACCCGACCGGUCCAUGGACUGACUGACUGCAUUAGAGUCGGCUGUGAAGUUGUGCUGUUUGAGCAUUUGCUUUGGAUGCUGGAAAAUGCUGAUCCUCAGCCGGAGUCGUUGGACGAGCUGGUCGAGUUUUAUGCUUGUUAAAGAAGAAAGAAGCAGCGGCGGAUUUGGUGGCGGCGGGUGGUGGGAGGUUUGCGUAACUGUCUGUCAGAAACUGAACAGAGAGGAAUAACUGCUUCCCUGUGCUGAGGGAGGGGUGAUUCUGUGCGGUCAUCCGUAUGGUAUAUAGUUGUAAAUGCUUCUAAAAGUAAUAACGAUUAGCGGUGUAGAAAAGAAGGAGGACUGUGUGAGAGGGAGAGGAGAGUUGAUCAUCCUUCGUUUGUUGCAACUGAACGGUGAGGAUUAACCCAUUUUUACAUGGCUACUCUUUAAGCAGCAUGGCUUAGUGGGUAUAUUACUUAGAUUACUAUGUUGAUUACUAUAAUCAUUAUUGAUGUUGUUCUUUCAUUCAUCAAUGCAAGGUGUUAAUUGAUCUCGUUGUUUGCAAAUUAAGACAAUGUCGCUUUCUUCU